UUCAUCUACAUACACAUAACUUCACUUUUUAAACAUCAUGGCAAAAACUGUUCAAGUGUUUAUUCUGAUACUGGUACUUCAUGUUUUUGAAGCAGCCUUGGCCAAUAAGCUUUCUUCAUUGAGCCUUGCUGAUGAGUGCUCUCUGUUAUUCCAAUUCAAACAAAACAUGUCUAUUAACAAGGAUGCAUCCUUUGAUCCUCGUGCUUAUCCAAAGGUUGCUUCAUGGAACCUUAACGGAUCAGAUGAUGCGGGGAAUUGCUGCUUGUGGGAUGGGGUCGGGUGCAGGUUCGGUCAUGUGAUCGGGCUCGACUUGAGCAGCAGCUUUCUCUAUGGAACCAUCUCUUCCAACAACAGUCUCUUCGACCUCAUUCACCUUCGUACACUAAACCUUGCCGAUAACGAUUUUGAUUCCUCUCAAAUUCCAUCCGGAAUAGGACAACUUUCGCAGUUAGCAAAUCUGAAUCUGUCAUUUUCUGCCUUCAGUGGGGAGGUCCCAAAACAAUUCUCACAGCUCAAGAAUUUGGUUUCCUUGGAUCUCUCAAGAAACAGGUUAAAGAUGCAAAGUUCUGACUUUCAGAAUCUAGUUCAAAAUUCAAGUGAGACUUUAAGAGAACUCUUUCUCUCAGAGGUCAACAUUGAUUCUGAACUACCAGCUUCAAUUGGAAAUCUCACACACUUGAACAUCUUGGCUUUAAGAGAAUGCGCUUUCACGGGGGCUCUACCUGCAUCUAUAGGUAACAUGGCCCAGCUUAUAGUUCUGUCUCUACGUUAUAAUAAGUUCACAGGUAGUCUUCCAUCUUCUAUCGGGAAUCUGACACAACUUAGAGAACUUUACCUCGAUUAUAAUGGCAUGAUUGGUCAAAUACCAUCCUCACUUACGAAUCUAACACACCUUACUGCCCUGACUCUUUCUGAUAAUAAGUUCACAGGUAGUCUUCCCUCUUUAGAAAGCUUUUCAAACCUCACAUAUUUGUCCCUUUGGAGAAAUAAUUUUGAUAGAUGGAAGCUGCCUGAUUGGUUUGGUAAGCUAAACAAGAUCACUUAUUUGGAUCUUGGUGAUGUCAACCUGUAUGGUGAGAUUCCAUCAUCAUUUUUUAAUCUGACCCAAGUUGAAGAGUUAUACCUUAACGGAAAUCAGUUAGAAGGAGAACUUCCAAUUUCAUUGUUUCUUUCGCUUAAGAAACUUGAAAAUCUGAAUUUAAAUGGAAACAAUAACUCACUUUCAGUCAUAGAUAGCCACACAAAUGAAACUCAACCCAAGUUCAAACUUUUAAGGCUGGCAUCCUGUAACUUGAAAGUCUUUCCUGAAUUUCUACGGUUUCAACAUCAACUGGAGAAGUUAUACCUUGAUAACAAUAAUAUUGAGGGCCUGAUACCUGGAUGGAUGUGGAACAUUAGCAAGAAUACACUGAGUGAACUUUCACUUUCUCAAAAUCACCUAAUGGGUUUUGAGCAACAUUCACCAGUUGCUUCUUGGGUUAAUUUACGGUCACUGGACCUGAGUCAAAAUAUGUUGAACGGAGAAAUUCCACCAUCCAUAUGUGACUUGUUGUCUCUUCAGUGGCUUGAUUUUUCAUUCAACAACAUUACUGGCUCGAUUCCUCCAUGUUUGAAGAAAUCCAUCGAGAUCUUUUCCGUCUCAAACAAUCGGCUGACUGGUGAAAUUCCACCAUCCAUAUGUGACUUGAUGUCUCUUCAGUUGCUUGAUUUGUCAUUCAACAACAUUACUGGCUGGAUUCCUCCAUGUUUGAAGAAAUCCAUCGAGUUCUUUUCUGUCUCAAACAAUAGGCUGACUGGUCAGAUACCAUCCUCACUUACGAAUCUAACGCACCUUACAGCCCUGGAUCUUUCUGGUAAUGAGUUCACAGGUAGGCUUCCCUCUUUAGAAAGCUUUUCAAACCUCACAUCUUUGUCCCUCUCCAACAAUCAUUUUGAUAGAUGGAAGCUGCCUGAUUGGUUUGGUAAGCUAAACAAGAUCACUUAUCUGUAUCUCUCUAAUGUCAGCCUGUAUGGUGAAAUUCCAUCAUCUUUUUUCAAUCUAACCCAAGUUGAAAGGUUAGAUCUUUCCAGAAAUCAGUUAAAAGGAGAACUUUCACUUUCUCAAAAUCUCCUAAUGGGUUUUGAGCAACAUUCACCAGUUGAUUCUUGGGUUAAUUUACGGUCACUGGACCUGAGUCACAAUAUGUUGCAUGGAGAGAUUCUGAUGCCACCACCAACCACCGAGUACUUUUCUGUCUCAAACAAUCGGCUGACUGGUGAAAUUCCACCAUCCAUUUGUGACUUGCUGUCUCUUUGGUUUCUUGAUUUGUCAUCCAACAACAUUACUGGCUCGAUUCCUCCAUGUUUGAAGAAAUCCAUUGAGAUCUUCUCCGUCUCAAACAAUAGGGUGACUGGUGAAAUUCCACCGUCCAUAUGUGACUUGCUAUCUCUUCAGUCACUUGAUUUGUCAUUCAACAACAUUACUGGCUCGAUUCCUCCAUGUUGGAAGAAAUCCAUCGAGUUCUUUUUGGUCUCAAACAAUAGGCUGACUGGUGAAAUUCCACCAUCCAUAUGUGACUUGCUGUCUCUUCAGUGGCUUGAUUUGUCAUUCAACAACAUCACUGGUUUGAUUCCUCCAUGUUUGAAGAAAUUAAGCAAUUCAAAUUUGAGAGUGUUGAAUCUAACAAGCAACACUUUGCACGGAACCAUUCCCAACAUAUUUGCCAAUGGAAGUAAGCUUCAGGUUAUUGAUUUAAGUGAAAAUAUACUCGAGGGGCAGGUACCUAGAUCAUUGGAGAAUUGUAAAUCACUCCGGUUCCUAGAUCUUGGACAUAACCUUAUAGAGGACAUGUUCCCAUUCUGGUUGGGGUCACUUUUAGAGCUACAGAUUCUCAUUCUCAGCUUCAACAAAUUUCAUGGCACUAUAACAAUACCAAGUAAAAUCAAAGUUAACUUCCCAAAAUUGCACAUCAUUGACCUCUCAUACAAUUCAUUUUCUGGUGAUCUGCCACAUCAAUAUUUCCAAGAGUGGUCGGCAAUGAAGGAGACCUGCAAGGCGAAUGCAAACUAUAUGGAAACAUAUGUUGCUCUGGCUGUAAUGUACAGAAUUAUUUCGUUCUCGGUUCAAAUGACUAGCAAAGGUAUAAAGAUGGAAUAUGUGAGAAUGCCAAACGCAUUUUGUGCAGUUGAUCUCUCAAGUAACAUGUUUAGUGGGAAGAUUCCAGAGUCUAUUAAAACUCUCACUGGUCUUAAAUUGCUCAACCUUUCUAAUAAUGAGCUUUCUGGCGCCAUUCCAUCAUCCAUGGGGAAUCUCAUAAGUCUUGAAUCACUAGAUCUUUCUAGUAACAAGCUCUCUGGAAUGAUACCACAAGACUUGGUACAACUGAAUUUCCUUGCCGUCUUUAAUGUAUCCAACAACAACCUCACUGGUCCCAUACCACAUGGUAAACAGUUCGAUACAUUUUUGAACAACUCUUACAUGGGGAAUCAAGCAUUGUGUGGAUUCCCUUUAUCUAUGAAUUGUGGGGAUUCAGAAACAUCAAAACCUCCAAAACUUUUAUCCGAAGAAGAUACAGAGUCUGACUUUCCAAAUAGAAUUGAUUGGGUUGUGAUACUUAUUGGUGUUGUGUCUGGGCUAGUGAUUGGACUCGUUUGUGGGGAUUAUCUAAGCACAAAGUAUUACAAGUGGUUUUCUCAAAGAUCCAGAAGGUGAACCUUUUUCACAAUGAAAUGUUUGGAGUCAUAUAGGGCAUUGGAAGUGGUGAUAAGAAGGAACCAGAAGUACACGCCCACUUUCAAGGUCAACCCUCUUUGCAUAAAAACGAUACACUUUUGUGUGGAUGUGUCACGGUUCGGUUCGUAUCGGUUCAAGAGCGGCGCAACGACAUUCCUCCUUCGUGCGACCCGGAGUAGGAGACACGAAUGACGAAGACACGAGAGCGAUCCGGUUGAAUAUUGAUGACAUCAUCAUGAUGUCAUCAUGACAUCAUCAAUGCAUGAUAUCUAAAAGAAUAGCAUAUAGAAAUAGGAAGUUUAUGUUUCUGUGCAUGCAAAUCGAAAUAGGAAGUUUCUUUUUGAACAUGUAGUAUCGAAAUAGCCAAUGUCCAUUUCGAUUUAUAUAAGCCUAUUUCGAUGUGUACCAUGUGUUUCGAUGUGUAUCGAUGGGUCACUUUUUGUGUCGAUGUAUUACGAUGUAAUGUCUCUGGUAUGUGCUAUAAAUACCAGAGAUAGUUUCUGUUUCAACGAGAGCUUGAAUGAGCCUAGAGAGAGUGUAGAGAGAGAGAGAGUUGUCUGAGUGCUUGUAUUGUCGAAUAUUGUACCGAAACUCUGUCAAAUCGAAUACACGGAACCGUUAAACAUUGAAUCUUUAUCGUGUUAUA